AUGGAGGAAUGUCAGCAUGACUGUCUGGACAACAUUCACCUGCACACUUCAACUCCUCAUGUUGCUUUUGUGCAAAGCCAUGAAGGAGACUCCUCACAUAUGAGGAGCAGCUGCUUUCUGUCAGCUGAGAGGAUGAAGAUGACACUCGUAGUGACUGACACUCCACCUCCACUGUGGCAGUCAAUCAAGACACUUUUGUGCCAAAACGUUUCUCCCACAAAAAUAAGACGCUUGGCAUUCACGUCCCGUCUCCAAACGCCGCCCUCCAUCUCCCACGUCCUCCUGGGCUUUGGACGCCGCCCAAGGAACAUUUUCCGAGAAAUAGUGGCGCAUGAUGACGAUUUGGCUCAGAUCAAAUUUUCUUUGGUCCCCGCAGGAGGCUUCCACAAAUUCCAGUCCGAGUUCCCCGAACACUGCGAGACCAAUUUGGACUGUUCCUGUCCCAGCAGCUCGCCUCCGUCCUCCGUGCUCGGCCUGGGAGGACUCCGCAUCAGCUCGGACUGCUCGGACGGCGAGUCGGACCGCGAGCCCAUCAGCGCCACGGAGUCGGAGGGCAGCCCGCUGCCCAGCAACCAGCCGGCGUUCCCUGUCCAGAUCCUGCCGUACCUUUACCUGGGCUGUGCCAAGGACUCCGCCAACCUGGACGUGCUGAGCAAGUACAACAUCAAGUACAUCCUCAACGUCACGCCCAACCUGCCCAACAUGUUUGAGCACGAGGGCGACUUCAAGUACAAGCAGAUCCCCAUCUCGGAUCACUGGAGCCAGAACCUCUCGCAGUUUUUCCCUGAGGCCAUUUCGUUUAUCGACGAGGCCCGCUCCAAAAAGUGCGGCAUCCUGGUGCACUGCCUGGCGGGGAUCAGCCGCUCGGUGACGGUGACGGUGGCCUACCUGAUGCAGAAGCUCAACCUGUCCCUCAACGACGCCUACGACUUCGUGAAGCGUAAGAAGUCCAAUAUCUCGCCCAACUUCAACUUCAUGGGCCAGCUGCUGGACUUCGAGCGCACGCUGGCCCUCAGCAGCCCGUGCGACAACAACCGCUCCACGUCGCCCGCCGCCAACGAGCAGCUCUUCUUCACCACGCCCACCAACCACAACGUGUUCCAGCUGGACACGCUGGAGUCCACGUGACAGUAGGGGGGCGGGGCGGGACGACAUUCUUCAGCGGGUUCUUGUUUCCGUGGCGACAACAUGGCCGCCGACGCUGCCGUAUCUGGAGGAGGCGCUUUAUUGAAUGAUCUGGCCUCCGCCGGCUCGCCGCUUUGGUGCCGCUUUUGGGAGGAAGUCGCGCAAAGUUUUGAGGCUGAUGAGAAGCUUUAAGGACCGCGCUCAUCGGGCUGCGACGAGAAGCCAAGGAGACUUUUUUUUUAAAAACACAGAAAAUGUGUCACUGCGGAGAAUCUUUGGAGGCGUCACUCUGCUCAAUGUAGAGCUUUUAAAAACCAAUGAAUUAACAAAGUAUUUGUACUGUAUGUUUGUUUGGCGUGCAUUGCAGGAAGAAAUGUCUAUAUGCAGUUAUUUUUUGUAUAUUUUCCUAUAUAUAUAUAUAUAUCUAUAAAUUGUGUG